CGAGCGAACCCCCCACGAAGCGGCCGGCGAUGGCGACGGUGGCGAUGGACGUCUCCCAGCCCUCCUCCUCCGCCGCCGCCGCCGACGCGCCGCUCCCGGCGGCGGGAGACGGGCAGGGGUCGAAGGGGAGGUCCCGCGGCGAGGGGCUGCGGCUGUACUACCUGCAGCGCAUCCAGGACCUGCAGCUCCAGAUCCGCCACGAGACGGACAACCUCAGCCGCCUCGAGGCCCAGCGCAACGACCUCAACUCCCGAGUUAGGAUGAUGCGGGAAGAGUUGCAGUUGCUUUAUGAGCCGGGCUCAUAUGUUGGCGAGGUUGUCAAGGUUAUGGGGAAGUCCAAGGUUCUAGUGAAGGUGCAUCCAGAAGGAAAAUUUGUUGUCGAUAUCGAUAAAAAUAUCGAUAUUACAAAGCUCACACCGUCAACAAGAGUUGCUCUUCGAAACGACAGCUAUAAGCUUCAUCUUAUACUGCCCAGCAAAGUCGAUCCAUUGGUAAACCUUAUGAAGGUUGAGAAGGUUCCUGAUUCUACAUAUGAUAUGAUUGGAGGCCUUGAUCAGCAAAUUAAGGAGAUAAAAGAGGUGAUUGAGCUUCCCAUUAAGCAUCCUGAGCUGUUUGAAAGUCUUGGAAUUGCCCAGCCAAAGGGCGUCCUUCUUUAUGGGCCUCCUGGUACAGGAAAAACACUACUGGCUCGAGCAGUUGCUCAUCACACAGACUGUACUUUCAUUAGGGUGUCAGGUUCCGAGUUGGUUCAGAAGUAUAUUGGAGAGGGUUCGAGAAUGGUUCGUGAACUCUUUGUGAUGGCUAGAGAGCAUGCACCAUCCAUAAUCUUUAUGGAUGAAAUAGACUCCAUUGGAUCUGCUAGAAUGCAGUCAGGAUCUGGCGGUGGUGAUAGUGAGGUUCAACGCACUAUGCUUGAGCUUCUAAACCAACUUGAUGGCUUUGAAGCAUCAAACAAAAUUAAGGUUCUUAUGGCAACAAAUAGGAUGGAUAUAUUGGAUCAAGCUCUCCUGAGGCCUGGCCGCAUUGAUAGGAAGAUUGAAUUUCCAAAUCCAAAUGAAGAUUCCCGCUUUGAUAUCUUGAAGAUUCAUUCAAGAAAAAUGAACUUGAUGCGUGGCAUUGAUCUGAAAAAGAUUGCGGAGAAGAUGAAUGGAGCAUCUGGAGCAGAGCUAAAGGCGGUCUGCACGGAAGCAGGAAUGUUUGCCCUUCGCGAGAGAAGGGUUCAUGUCAACCAGGAGGACUUUGAGAUGGCAGUUGGAAAGGUAAUGAAGAAGGAUACAGAGAAGAACAUGUCCCUGCGGAAGCUCUGGAAGUGAGAAGUGAAGUAGACGAGACUGCCAACAAACAUGUCAACUACCGUCGCCGAUGCAUUGAUUAGCUUUGAAUUUCUUAAACAUUUGUACGUAAGCUAGGUUGCUCACUCGAGGGGUGGCAAAUUGAAAGUAGCAGCUGAAAGAAAUGCAACAUUGUGCUUUACCAUUCAUUUUGAAUACAAAUUUCCAUCAUGUUGUCUCAGCUUGUUCUGUCUACGAAUUCUGUGCUCUAGAACAGAGAAUCUUGCAGAGUAAGAUCAAUGGUUGGUUACAGCAAAAUACCCCCUCAUCCAAAGUA